GGAGAUUCAUGCUAAACAAAUCAAGUUUACUAAGUGUCCGGUUAAUUGCAAGGAGUUUUAUUUCUUAUAUUACCGCGGAACUAAACGGCGUAUUGCUAGGUAGGAUGGAAAAGUCAGUUAUUUAUCUGACCGUCCGUUAGUUCGCUGACACAAACCGGCACGUCUUCCAGGUGGAUGUUCUCCAGGUACUUUACUGACCAAUGGCCUCCAAAGGUUCGCAGCACCCCUAUGUCAACAUUUUCAAACAUGUCAAAGUGGAAGACUGGAAGAAGUCUGCAAAAGAGGGAGACGUGUCGAUUUACACGAACAAGACGCUGAAAUGUCCGGUGUUUCGGAUCAGGGGUCCAGUUCCUGCCAACAGCUACAUCCUGAUCCCCAAAAACAGCAACCAGUCUCUGGGGCUGACAGGGCGCUUCCUCUACCUCCUGUUCAAACCCACUCCGGGAAAAUACUUCGUAGUGCACCUGGAUGUGGCUGCUGAGGAGGGCGUCGUGGUCCGUAUCUCCUUUUCCAACAUGUUCAAAGAGUUCAAAUCGACAGCGACAUGGCUUCAGUUUCCUUUCCUCUGUGGAGCUGCAAAGGAUUCGGUUUAUGAUAACACUUCUAAAUCCGCAAGACACGGUUUGGUGGGACCUGCUCCCUCCUCAGUGCGCUGGACCUGUUUGAUGCUGGAUCUGCAGCACACACUGUCUGCCUACGUCAACCGCUGCUACAGUCAUCUGAAGAGCAUCAGGCUUUGUGCCAACAUGUCAGUGAAAAAUGUGUUUACCACUGAUCUGCUCCUCGAUCCAGGGAUUUCUUUCAGUGAGGCCAGGGUAAUGGGUCUGGCCUCUGCUCUUGGAACUGGGCCAAUACCAAGAGAGAUGUCUUUUCCUGUACCUAAGGGAUGCUUCUGGCAUGACCUCUACGAUCACAUCAGGUUUCCCUCUGAAGGAACAAAGGUCCCGUUUGACUCCAUUCAAAAAGACGGUUCACAGCUUGAGGCUCGUGCUUCUAACCAGAGGGUUCCGGUUAGAGAGCAAUCCCGCCGUGUCAACCUCAGCAGAUCUGUUCAGGACCGCGUGUCCCUCAUCCAGCAGAUCACCGCACCAAAAACGCUCCCCCUGAAUCACAUCCCUGGAGUUGCCGGCAUCCCCGAUCUGGGGAAUGUGUCCACUGACCAGAAGGACUGGCUUCGCCAGCUGCCGGGGUCGGCGUGCUCCAGUUCACACCGCCGCCCGUCCCGAACCCCCAGUGACUGUGAAGACACCGCCGUUCACGUGUACGUGCACCGUGAGGACGGCCCCAGCAAACCCACGGAGGAGUCUGAAGAAGAGCCGCUGUGCACGCUCGUUCCACGUCCUGUUUCCCUGACAGCAUCAAAGGCAACCAAGCAGAAGAAGCUGCUCCCUGACCCCAUUCUGAGGCUCAGACAUAUCAUCGGCUUCGGAGGAAACACCACGAAAUGUGCCUUGUGGACCAAAGCGGGCGAUGCGGUGGUGUAUCCAUGUCAUGCCAUUAUCGUCUCGAUGAAGAUACACGGCAACCAGCAGAGAUUCUUUGUCGGCCACACUGAUAAGGUGUCUUCCAUGGCGUUUAAUGGCGACACAACACUGUUGGCCUCGGCACAGACGGGCAGCGGCGGUGCUGUUCGACUGUGGGACUACCACAAAGGAGGCUGUUUGGCCGUGUUCCCCGUUCAUGGUCACUCCUUGUGCUGCCUCAGCUUCUCCUACAGCGGCGAUGUUCUCUGCGGGGUCGGACAGGAUCGCCACAACAAAAGGACGGUGGUGGUGUGGAACACUGCGGAUGUUGACAAAGGUCGUGACGUGACCGUCGUCGCCAAAGCGCACACAGCAGUGGACAUUCACACCAUGAAGAUCACCUCCUUUGAUGAUACGAGGAUGGUGUCGUGCGGUCGUGACAACGUUCGCCUGUGGCGAGUGCGGAACGGCUCUCUGCGCUCCUGUCCCGUCGACCUCGGCGAAUACCAGUCCGUGGACUUCACCGACGUGGCCUUCGAGGAGGGAAACGCUCCAGAGCAGCACGUGGACGAUCGAACGCUAUUUGCCAGCACUCAGAGCGGUCACAUCUUCGAGAUCGACUACAGCAGAGUUGCUGUAAAAAACGUGCGGCGGCUGUUUCCAGCACAGCAGCAACACGCAGACCGCAGGGAGAAGUGGACUUUUAACACAGGUCCAGGCAUUGCCAUAAACAGCAUCAGCGUGUCGUCCUCGUUCUGUGCCACCGGCUCUGAAGACGGCUUCCUGCGGCUCUGGCCUCUUGAUUUUUCCGCGGUCUUUCUGGAGGCAGAGCACGAGGGACCCGUGAGCGCGGUCUGCAUCUCCUCUGACAGCCUGCAGGUCCUGUCGGCCACCUCGACCGGGAACCUGGGCUGUCUGGACGUGAGCAGCCGCGGUUACAACACGCUGAUGAGGUCCCACACGGACGCCGUGCUGGGCUUCAGCGUGGACGGCCUCCGGCGGCACCUCACCACGGCCUCGGCUGACGGCACAGUGCGCAUCUGGAACAUGGACUCCUUGCAUCAGUUGUAUGACUUUGCGUCCGAGGACUGUCCCUGCUCUGUGGCCUUCCAUCCCAGUGAGCACAUCUUUUCUUGCGGCUUCACCUCUGGCAUCGUCAGAGUUUUUGACAUCUCCAGUGGAAAAAUCCUGGCAGAACAUCAGCAGCUCAGAGGAGAGGUGGUGGGCCUUACUUUUUCCCCUGACGAGCAGUUCAUGUACAGCGCCGACUCCCAGGGUUCUCUGGCACUUUAUAACUCCUCCGAAGAUAAUUACAGCGUCGUCAGAAUUGUGGGUAACGCGGUGGCCCGCGGGACCGAGCAGGCUCCAGACGCUCUGGCAGUGAGCAGCGACAGCCGCUGGCUGGCUUUCGUCGGCCCCUCAGAGUACACUGUCACCAUUGCUGAUGCUCGAUCCCUGGACGAGCUGUUACGCGUCGAUGUGAGUGUUUUAGACACCGAGAGCAGCAGGCUGGAUUCCGCCCUGAAGGUCUGCUUCUCCCCCGCCUCCAUUGAGCACCUGCUGGUGGCCACGUCCGCCAACAAGAUCCUCUGGGUCAGCGCCAGGACCGGCCGUCUUCUGAGAGAGGUGCCAAAGGUGCACAAACAGCAGUGCUCGUCGCUGGCGGCGAGUGAAGACGGCCGCUUCCUGCUGACGGCCGGUCACAAUGCAGUGAAAGUGUGGGAUUACAACAUGCAGCUGGAUGUGAACUCACAGAUGUUCAUCGGUCACAGUCAGCCCAUCCGCCAGCUCAGCUUCACCCCGGACCAGCGGGGCGUCGUCUCCGUGGGAGACGCCAUUUUCCUGUGGGACUUCAUGGGAAACCCCGUCGAGUUUUUGACCAACAAUCGAUCGUCUCUGGAACGAAGUCACAUCUCAGCCCUGGAAGCAGACACACAGGAGAGCGGCGUGCGGCUGUCUGCUGCCAUGCCUCGACAGACGGCCCCCCUCCCCGCUUCACCUCCUCCGAGACUGGAGGUCAGCGCUGAUGAUGGAGUCGGUCCGGGAGGAGUUUUGAAUGCCUCGAUGCUGUGCGAUGAAAUCCCGCCCUUCACAGCUUUUACAGCUCCUUCCUCUGAACCCAGAGCGGCCGUUUCUUUCCUCAAAGUUACAGACCUGGUUAACAUGUCUCCUCUGAAUCCUGAACACUCGGACUCCGUUGAACUGACGCAGAAGAAGCCCGUACGUCCGGAUUGCUACCGCCACUUCAUCCCACGUUUCAAAACCUCCUCUUUUGAUCAGACCGCGGCAGCGCCGCCGCCUCAAGAAGAAUGCAUGAAGCUGAAGGCAGUGAUUGGCUACAAUGGAAACGGGCGUGGCAACAUGGUGUGGAGCCCCGAUCAAGGUUUGUUUGCGUACUCCUGUGGCUGCGUGGUGGUGGUGGAAUACCUGCACUCUGGGAGGCAGAGACACCUGCAGGGUCAUAGUGAGGAGAUCUCCUGUCUUGCUGUGACAAAUGAUGCACAGUCUCUGGCGUCGGCGGCUGGAGGCAGUAACGGGAACAAGAGCCUCAUCUGCAUUUGGGACGUCCAGAACGGGACGUCUCGCAAGACCAUCUCUUACCACCGGGGGGCGGUGCAGUGUCUCGCGUUCUCUCGGGACGACCGGUUCCUUCUCUCAGUCGGAGACUUCGUGGAGCCAGAAGUGGUUUUGUGGAGCAGCCAGACCUUCCAGCUGCUCUCCAGCGUCGGCGCUUCAGGACCGAUCCACGACGCCGCCUUCAGCCCCUCGGCGGCCGGGCAGCUGGCCUGCGUGGGCUCUGGAGGGGUUUACUUCUGUUUCAUCCGCGCACAGAGCUCCGACGUCGACCUCCAGGUCCAGAGAGCCACCGCUCCCCCGGAGGUGGGCCACGUCGAAGUGACGACUGUGUGUUAUCACAUGGACUCCAUUCUGUUCACGGGAACCAAUCAGGGACAUGUUUGUGCCUGGGACGUGAACACACAGUGCUGUUUUAUGACCUGGGAGGCCGACGAGGGCGAGAUCGGAGUGCUGCUUUGUCGGGGGAACCGUCUUUUGACCGGCAGCAACACCCGCUGCUUGCGACUGUGGGAGGUCGAAGCUGUGCAGCGCGUGAAGCCUCUGGAAAAGGUCUGCAGUGGAGAAGACAGAGGGACGGUGGUGACGCUGGAGCAGGAGAUCAUGCUGGACGGCACGACGGUCAGCGCGGCGUUCGACCACGCCGUGGACAUGGGCAUCGUCGGCACCACAGCAGGAACCCUGUGGUACAUCAGCUGGUCGGACAGGAGCAGCACCCGCCUGGUCAGCGGCCACAAGACCGAGGUGAACGACGUCGUGUUCAGCUCAGACGAGAGCCACUUCGCCACCUGCAGCGAGGACGGCAGCGUGAGGGUCUGGUCGACCGUCGGCUACGAGCUGGUGGUUCAGUUCCAGGUGCUCAGUCAGGCCUGUGGCUGUGUGUGCUGGAGCCCCGUUUCCAGGCUGGACGAUUCGUGUCUGGCUGCAGGAUACAGUGACGGCACCCUGAGGGUCUUCCGGCUUUCCUCCACGGAAAUGGAGAUGAAGCUGCACCCCCAUCAGGUGGCGCUCACCGCCAUCCGGUACUCUGCUCACGGUGAGGUGAUCCUGUCGGCGGCGAGGAACGGCCUCGUGGCCGUCAGCAGCCCGGCGAGCGGAGCCACCAUCCGGGUCAUCAGAGACCACAAAGGAGCGACCAUCACCAGCAUCCAGUGUGUGACGGAGCAGUGUCAGAAGUUUGGCCUGGAAGGGAAUGAGCUGUGGCUGGCGGCCAGCGCCGACAGACGCGUCAGUGUGUGGGCUGCUGACUGGUCCAGGGAGAAGUGCGAUCUUCUGGACUGGCUCUCGUUCCCCGCUCCUCCUUACAGCGCGGGUGACAGCCCGCCGCCCAGCAUGGCUGCUUUCUGCCCAGACGACCACAGCCUGGUGGUCUACACCGGCUACGGCGUCGAGAGAGAGCUGUCUUUUUACAGCCUGACUAAAAAACAGAUAUUGAGGAAAAUCGCUCUGCCCCACUGGGCCUCGUGCAUCAGCCUGUCCUCCAGAAGUCAGCUCGUGGCCGUGGGCUCUAAAGAGCGGGUGCUGAAGCUGAUCAAGGCGAACAGCGGCAGGUUUCAGGACUUCUCGCACCACAGCGACUCGCUGCAGAAGUGUUGCUUCUCCCCGUCUGGACGGCUUCUUUUCUCCGUUGCUUUUAAUGAGAUCCUAUUGUGGGAGGUGCAGGACCUCUGAACCGCCCUCUCGCUCCUCACAUGUGCCUUGGCUUCCUCCACACUUGAUGCCGUUUUAUUGUUUCAUUCAUACACUGUUUUUCAAUUGUUUAAUAUUUUGUGAAAUAUAUGAAGAAAUCAAAGAAAGUAGAAUUUUCUUCUCAUGUUUCCCUUUAAGAUGUAGUUUUAAUUGACAGACUUUUUUUUUUAAUAUCCAGUCAUUUUUAAGUUUGAUUAACUUUCUUACUGUGUCUGCAAUACUGACUACAGUUGUGUGUGUGGACAAAGUUUUCAGCCGUAAAUCACUUCUGACUGGCUUUUCAUUUUACAGGUAGAAUGUAAAAGUUUCAUCCAGAGGAGUGAUACUCCUAAAGCAAUGUUUGGAUGAUUGUGUAGACGUUCAUUUUGUUCUGAAUGUCCCUUUAUGUCUUUUUUUCUAAUAAAAACAUGA